AUGUUUUUAGCCGAAACUUGGCUAGAUGAAGCUAGGCUAACAAAUUUACGUGAUAAACUAGGGUUUGGUGAUACUUUUGGUGUUUCACGAGUUACGAGAGGAGAGGGUUUGGCUCUAUUUUGGAAAAAGGACGUAGAUUUGCUGGUGGAGAAUUCCUCACAAAAUUAUAUUGAUGUGGUCAUAAACAAAGGAAAGGAGGAUAGCUGGAGGUUUACGGGAUUUUAUGGUUUCCCGGAAACUCAGAAUCAUGGGGAGUCAUGGAAACAGUUAAGAUGGUUACAGACAAAAUCGUCUCUUCCAUGGUUAUGUGCUGGCGAUUUUAAUGAGAUUACAAAGUCUCAUGAAAAGUUGGGAGGUAGGCUUAGACCACAUCAACAAAUGCAAGAUUUUCGUGACGUUCUUGAUGAGUGUGGUUUCAUCGAUUUGGGCUUUGUGGGAAACAAGUUCACAUGGUACAAGAAUUUCUCCAAUGGACAUACUAUAUGGGAAAGGUUGGAUAGGGCAGUAGGCACACAGUCUUGGUUAAGUCUUUUCCUGGCAAUUAAGGUGGUCACUCUUGAAUGUGGCACAUCGGAUCAUAAGCCCAUUAUUAUUCAUCCAAUGGGAAUCCCGGAUAGGAAAAACCGUCCUUGGCAUUUUGAACAAGUUUGGUUAGAAGAUAAAGGUUGUCAUGAAAUUGUUCAUUCGGCGUGGAGGAGUGAUUAUGGGACUUCACCUAUGGACAAGGUUGCUGGUAAAAUACAAAAGUGCCAAUCAAGUCUCAAGUGGCGGCGUAAGAAGUCAUUUGGCAAUGUAACACGCCAGCUGAUUGAAAAGAAAAAGAUGCUGAAACAAGCUGAAACCGUGGCUGUGCAGGGGGGAAAUGUGGAGAUUGUCCAUCAAUUGAAAUAUGAAAUCCAAAGGCUAUUGUUAGUGGAGGAAAAGCUGUGGCAGCAAAGAUCAAAAUCACAUUGGAUAAAGUCGGGGGACAAGAACACAAGUUUCUUUCACAAUAGGGCUUCCCAACGGUACAGGCGAAAUACUAUUCAUGGGCUUUUGAAUGCUAGGGGUGAGAUGUGUUGUGGGGAUGAAAAGGUGGCAGAACUUAUGGUGGAGUAUUAUACAAAUUUGUUCACAUCAUCCCAGCCUAGUUAA